AUGACUGUCGCUGCAUUCCGGCUGUUCCGUUUCCGGGCCUCGAGCGAGAAGCUGCCCCUGUGUCUGUCACCAGCCACCGCAUUGCUGACUACGUUGCUGACGUUUCUGCUGACGCUGGGGACGUCUACUGUUAAUGCACAAGAUUCUUCAAUUGCCAAGCCGUCACCUGUCAGAACAGUUUUUAGCUAA